AUGUCAACAUCAACGGCACUGACUACGACUGAGACGAUCUUACUCGUAGCACUAUCAUGGGCAAGCAUUUCAGUCUUGGCAAACACAUUUCGCGGUGAAGGCGAACCACUCGUUGCAUCAAUUGCGUUCAGUGCACUUGCAUUUGCAGCUUGCUACGCACUGAUACGAUGGCUUGGAGAUGCUUUUAUUCGGCGUGGUUUCAAAGGCAAGGACCUUUGCAAGGUCAAGAAGACCGAGAUCCCUGAGACUAUGGGUGCAGUGUGUGCCAUGGUGUAUUUGUUCAUCGUCAUAUUCUUCAUCCCUUGGCCUUUCUACAAAGAUAUUGUAGUUGCAACGUCAGGCGGUGGUAACCGAGACGUCAUCAAAGAGUUAGAAGAGGUUGAGACAGGACGUCUCCUCCACCGGUUCCCUCACAACAAGCUCGCGUCGUUCCUUGGCGCCAUACUCUCCUUGCAGUGCAUCGUGCUGCUUGGUAUCGGCGAUGACUUGUUCGACAUCAGAUGGCGGCAUAAGGUGCUCAUCCCUGCUGUCGCGUCCAUUCCAAUGCUUGUGGUCUACUGUGUAGAUUUUGGCGUGACGCAGAUGGUCGUUCCACUCCCUCUCCGACCGUACCUGGGCGAGCUUUUCGAUCUCGGCUGGCUUUACUACGUUUACAUGGCACUGCUGUCCAUCUUUUCCUCGAACAGCAUCAACAUCCUCGCGGGCAUCAAUGGCAUCGAAGUUGCUCAAUCUAUUGUCAUUGCGGUACUGAUAGCCGGCAACGACAUGCUCUAUCUGUCGCCUUUUACAAGUUACCCGCACCCAGCAACCGACUCGCAUCUUUUCUCGUUGUAUUUCUUGCUACCCUUCAUCGGAGUGUCUCUUGCUCUUCUAAUGCACAACUGGUAUCCUGCCAAGGUAUUCGUGGGCGAUACUUACUGCUACUUUGCCGGCAUGGUAUUUGCAGUGGUUGCUAUCCUGGGACACUUCAGCAAGACGUUGAUCCUAUUGCUUUUGCCGCAAGCGUUCAACUUUGUCUACUCGGCUCCUCAGUUGUUCCACCUGAUACCGUGUCCCCGACAUCGGCUUCCACGCUUCAAUGCACGGACAGGUCUCCUAGAGCCCUCGCGCGUGCAGUUCCAGAGGCCCCUUCGACGACCGAUAGCGGAGAGCCUCAAGGUACUGCACCGGCUUCGGCUGCUUGAUCUCGAGGUUGACGAGAAGGGGCAGGUGCUGUCCUCCUCCAACUUCACGCUAAUCAAUCUGUGGUUGGUGUGGUUCGGCCCCAUGCGGGAGGAUCGGCUGGCACUGGGGCUGUUGGCGUUUCAGUUCGCAGUCGGAGCAUUGGGGUUGUUCGUUCGACAUCGCAUGGCGCUGCUUAUCUUCACGGCAGACAAUUGGUAG